ACAAAACAAUCAUACAAUGUCCUCUUCUAGACCUCCCAUUAGAAAGGACCCUGCUUGGAAAUAUCAUGAGGAUUUUCCAGGGCAAAGAAAAGGGCAAACAAAGUGUAUAUUUUGCAAAACAAUAUUCCAUGGAGGCAUAUAUAGAUUGAAAUACCAUAUUGCUGGUGUGCGUGGGCAUGAUGCCGACCCAUGCACAAAAGCAGUCACUGAGGCCGUACGUGAUUGCUAUGUAAUGGUUGAAGAAAUUGAAAGGAAAAGGAAAGAAAAAGAGGAUCUCACAGUCAUUGGGAGACAUGCACCUUUAGGAACAGGGACACAAUUAGGUUGUGUUGGAGGGCCUUCUUCCUUACCUUCAUAUCAUCCCACUCAUUUUGCUACUACUCAUGCUUCCGGUUCUGCUUCUAUAAGUGCCAGUGCUAGUGCCAGUGCCUCUGCCCCUUCUCAUGUUCCUAGCACUGGCAGUGGUAGUGGGAAUGUUAGCAUUGGACCUAGGAUUCGUAAAUCUAGGUUGGAUACCUUUUUUGCACCUCGCACUACUCCUGGGUCCCAACAGUCACUUGAGAGCAUGGGUUGGAACAAGGAGGUCCAUGAUGCUGCUAAAAUGGCAGUUGGCAGAUUUUGGAUCUAUGGCAGUAUUCCAUUCUUCACAGCCAGGUCACCUUAUUGGCAAGAAAUGGUUGAUGCCCUUACCAUUUGUGGGGCGGGGUUCAAAGCCCCUUCUGAGUUUGAUUUGAGCGGACCCAUUUUGACUGAAUUGGUGAAUGAUGUGAAGAAAGAAUUGGGUGAUCAACGCCAAAUAUGGAGCACUAAAGGUUGCACCAUCAUGACUGAUGGUUGGACAGACAGGAGAAAUAGAACUCUCCUUAAUUUUCUUGUUUCUUCCGCAGGGGGCACCGUUUUCAUCAAGUCUAUUGAUGCCUCCGCCCAUUGCAAGAAUGCCACCUACCUAUGUGAGCAGAUAGAGGAGGUGAUUAAUGAGGUGGGUGAAGAGAACGUGGUACAGGUGGUGAUUGACAAUGCACCAAAUUAUGUUGCUGCAGGUAAACUUUUGAUUACAAACUAAUUUUGUUUGCAAAUU